GAGAGAGAGAGCAGCUUGACUCAGAAGGGCACGGUGCUGUCUGCCUCAGAGGAACACAUGGAAUAAGCUGAGAACACAGCACUGGUCAGAACAGAAGCUGCAGGAUUGGUCGAUGAAGAAGCGGAGAUCAACUGGUCCCUUCAAUCUGCUGACAUGAGAAGAGAUCGGCUUCUGGUGGCCGUCACUUUGGUCACCCUUUUGGCAGCAGACGUCCAUUUCAUCCUGCUUCCCAGACUCAGAACCUGGUGUCACCUGCCCAGAGGAAGCUGCUCAUGCACCAACAGCAGCCUGGAGAACACACCUGCUGCGACCGUCCUGUGGACCACCAGCCUGAACAUGACCGCGGUCUCCACCGAGCAAGGCUCUAAGCUGGAGCAGCUCUUUAGACACCCGCUCUAUAACAUCCGUCUUCCAGAUCUGGGUCCCGAGGAGUGGCUGCUGCAAGAGGACGAGCUCAUGAACUACUGCAAGAGGAAAGUGAGCCGCUGGGAGAGACUGAAGAAGUUCUACAUCGAGGCGGCAGCAGCUUCAAACAUCACUAUACCCGAUCACCCUGUGACCUUUGACCCCGAGGCCAGCUGGCUGCAGUUCCAUCUAGGGAUCAGUCGCUAUGCGCUGUAUUCAGGAGACGACAGCAGCAUCGACAGACUCCUGCGAGACAUGCAGACGGCCACCGUCAUCAGCGCAGAUUUCACUCAGGAUGAGAAAGCACUGAAGGGUGCAUGCGACUGCUCACAAGUGGUUAAACCCAGCGGUCUUCACCUGAAGUUGGCUCUGAAGCUCCAAGACUUUAGCAAAGCUAUGUUUAAACCAAUGAGACAGGAGCGACACGAAGAGACUCCGGAAAACUUCUUCUAUUUUGUCGACUUUCAGAGGCACAAUGCUGAGAUAGCAGCUUUCCACCUGGACAGAGUGCUGGACUUCCGGAGAGUUCCACCGGUGACGGGACGCUUCAUCAACGUGACGGGUGAAAUUCUGGACAUAACACACAAUGAAGAACUGCGCAGUGUGUUCUUCACCUCUCCAGCCAACAACACAUGUUUCUUCGCCAAGUGUUUAUACGUGUGUAAGUCGGAGUACGCGGUGUGUGGUCACCCGGAUCUGCUGGAGGGCUCCAUGUCUGCUUAUCUGCCGGGUUUGAGCAUCGCCCCUCGAAUCUCCAUCCCAAACCCCUGGAUCCGCGCCUACAGUUUCACCGGGAGAGAAGAGUACGCUGGGACUUUCACACACACUAAAUCACUCGAGUGGGAGGUCAACCCGUUAUACUGUGAUAACGUCAAAAAACUGUAUCCCUACAACUCUGGGAACAGACUGCUCAACAUUAUUGACAUGGCAAUAUUUGACUUCCUCACAGGAAACAUGGACAGACACCACUAUGAAAUUUUCACCAAGUUUGGAGAUGAUGGUUUCCUGCUCCACUUAGACAACGCCAGAGGAUUUGGCCGGCAUUCUCAUGAUGAGAUGUCCAUCCUUGCUCCGUUGACCCAGUGUUGCAUGAUCAAGCGCUCCACGCUGUUCAGACUGAAGCUUCUGGCGCAGUCCGAGUACCGUCUGAGUGACGUCAUGAGGGAAUCCCUCUCUAGAGACCCUCUCACGCCAGUCCUGACCGAGGACCACCUGCAGGCCUUGGACCGCCGGCUGGGACAGGUGCUCAGGACGGUGGGAAACUGUGUAAAGAAGCUGGGAGAACCACAAGUGGUGAUCACAGACUUUGUAGAGUCAUCCAGAGUAACUUCAAGCCACAGGUGACAAAACGAGAAGAUGUCAGCGAUCCACUGUGUUACUGACUGUGCCACUGAACUAAAUCUGGACCCUAUUGUUCAAAAUCAUGGCAUCUAAAGACAUCAGGAAGAAAAACUAUUUGUAUUUCUGAUAAAUGCUCUGAGGAUGUGUGAUAUUAUUAGUCUUAAUUGUCACAACUGACCAAAAGUUGAAAUGAUGA